UAUACGCGUUAAUAUCGCCCCACUUCUGGUCUGUUAGCCAGCUUGCUUCUAUGAAAUAUCUCAAUACCUUGACGUUAGGUACAAUUUUAUUCCCUUUAAAUGUAAUUUCUCCGUUUUCAAUCAAUAUUAUCAGUUAUUAAUGGCUGGAAAUGAAAUUAAACAGUCACUCAGAAAAUUAGACUUUCCAUUUUGUGCCAGGGAAGGACUAUGUAGAAUUGAGAUGCUAUGCAGUAGACCUGGAAAACAGAUGGAUCUUCAGAUGGACAUAAUGUCAGAAUUCGUUUUCGGUGAAAUCGAUAGGAGAAAAAAGCGCAACAUGAAUACUGCUAUACAGGAGUUACAGUUGAUAGAAGUAUUAAGCGAUUUUUUUCAAAGCCCAGGAGGAUGUCCUGCAGUUCGCAAUGCCGUAUUUUUAUCUCUUUAUCCGGCAGAUAGUCCUAGAUAUAAGAUUUUAGGAAAUUUAGUAUCGCUUGCUAUAGCCACGCAAAACAAGGCUGUUUUAAAUGCAACAGGAAUUUGGAUGCAACAGUUAGGCUCAACAUCUAUGCAGAGCGUGGGACUGGCAAAGCAUAUCCUUAAUGAUUAUUUUGUUUUAACACCAAAGUCCAUCGAUAGGCUAAAACAACUCCCUGCCUUAGCUCCUCAUUUCACUGCAAAUUUGUUAACGGCAAUAGGAGAAGUUUAUAAAGAUAAAAAUCCACCAACGGAACUCUUGAAGUUAGUAGGUGACUGGAUUGAUGAAAAUCCAAGUCUGUUAUUGACUUCUUUAAUGGACAAUCCAGCAUUGCCUACGGGAGGAAUUCCUAUGACGCCGAUAACACCUAUAGCUGCACUUUUCAGGUGGUGUAUUUUGAGCCCAUUACGUGAGUGUACAGAAAACUUGGAGGAACAACAGAAAUAUUAUUCAAAGAUUCAUCAAUUACUGAUGGAUUCUGUAUUACGAUUAAAGAACAGUGGUAGUAAUAAGCAUGCAAUCUCUGCACAACAUCUAGCAGCUAUUACUCGUGCACUAACAACAUUGUUACAUUCGUCUACAAAUUUAAAAACUGAACUACAAGAUCUAACAAUGGAGAGACUCGCUCAGGCUGUUAGCUCAGCUAUGUCAGCCAAUUGUAUAUAUGGAAACAAACAAGAAUUACUGGCUCUACUCCAACCUUUGUCAUAUCAGCAUUUUCUAAUCGAAUGGACGUUGCAAACUUAUGCAUCAAAGGCUGCAUAACAAGAUAAAUAUCUUAUUCUUAUGUUAUUUAUUUGGAUACAUUGUUGCUGUAGUUUCUUUUUAUCCAAUUCAAAUUUCUUUCGCAACUCUGCCAAAUCUGAAAGAAAUAUGACAUCAAGGAUACUUUACCUGAUUCCCAGUGUUAGGAAGAUAAAUAUAAGACUACUAAA